UCAUCGAUCAUAAUAGACCCUAAACUCAACCACCGAUUCCAACCACGCCACCGCCGACCACCACCGCCACCCCUAGACCAAGCCUUAAUGCCCCAAAAAAUGUCAUAUCCAUCUCCAGGCGACUCGAAACCCGCAAAAAAACCCCAAGCACUUCCCUGGACCCACCAAGAAACUCUCAGCCUAAUCUAAGCCUACCAAGAAAAAUGGUAUUCUCUCCAACGCGGCCAAUUCAAAGCCAACCAAUGGGAAGAAGUCGCCGUAACCGUCGCCGCACCUUGAGGCCUAUUCGACGACUCCGCCGUCAAAACCGCCCUCCAGUGCCUUUACAAGAUGGAGAAGCUCCUCCGCCGUUACCGCUCUGAACGCCAUUGCCUCUCUUCGGGCGCCACUUGGCUAGAAGCUCUAGAGCAUGGGCCUUUGCCUAUCUCGGCUCGACCGUUGACUUCCUUUGUUCCAACCAGUGAUAAUUUUUAUUCUGAAAAUGGACAUGAAGUUGGAAAUAAUUACUGCAAUGACAACGAAAAUGACUUGGUCGAGGAACAGGAAGAAAUGAUGACAAUGACGAAUGACGAUGAUGAAGACAGCCGGUUUAGUAAAAGCCGCAGUAUUAAUUACAUUUUGCGGCAGCCCACUGUGGUGAACCGGUUUUCGGGGUUCUUAAGUGGGGCCAGGAGGAAAAGUUCUGAAACUGAAGAGGAUGGGGAUGAAGUGACAGUUGUGGGAGUGGAGGAAGAGAAAAAUGUAGUGGAAUUAGCCAUGGAGGUAAGGAGAUUUGCAGAGAGAUUUACGAGGAUGGAAAAGAAAAAGAUAGAAAUGAUGCAGGAAACUGAAAGGUUCAGAAUGGAAAUGGAAAACAGAAGGAUUGAGAUGAUAUUGGAUUCACAUGGUAAAAUUGUUGAUAUGAUUUCAGCCAGAUUCAGUUCAAACAAAAGGAUGAAGGUGGAUGAAGAUUUGGGUUCUUGAAGAAUUUCCCAAGGUUGAAAACAUUGCAAUCCUUGUUCUAUGCAGGUUCAGGUUGUAUAGACUUUUAAAUGGAACUGACAAUUUUUCAUGUGCAUCUGCUUUUCAUCUUUCAGUGAAAUUUUUUGUCCAAGGGAAGAAGAUGGAACAUUUUAAUAACCAAAAUUAAUUUGUGUCUUUUGUGUCUUGAUGUUGCUGUAAUCUGACCAAAUGUUACGUCUUGUUUGUGUUCCUUGGACUGUCUAAGCAAUUAGUUUGCUAACCUUUGAAUGAUUCUGUUAAGAUGCUGUGUUUUCAUUACUUCCAUUUCACUGAAACAUCUUUCUUUUGACAUGCGUAUCUCUUCAUCACUGAUUUCAGGAAAUAGUAUGACUCCCUGUUUAGUACAGUUACAACCAUUUUUCCUAUAUGACCUCCUGGGCUUUU